AUGGUUUAAUAAAUAGUUCAAUCAAACAGUUUUAGAAUGGAGAAAACGAAUAAAUCCAUAGUCAAUAAUAGAAUUAGAAAAUUGGAUAUUGGGGAAAACAAGAAAAGAAGAAAGAAAAUUAAAUAGAGAUGAAAUAAAAUAGAAAGCAUAAGAGUUGAUAAAUGAGGAAUCUUUUAUAGCAUCAAGAGGAUGGAUAAAACAAUUUAUAUAGAAUAAUGAUAUAGAUUUCAAAGUAAGAGAGAUAUUGUUUGAGAAUGGGAUAUUGAGUGAAUAAUAAGCAUAAAAGUUUUAAUAGGAGAAGGCAAAGAGAAAAGAAUCAAAUAAUAAUGAUAAUUAAGAGACAAUAAGUAAAUAGGAAUAAAUUGAAUAGUUAUUAAAGAUACAAACUUCUGAGUUUAAUUAAUCUAAAGAUUAUUUGCGAAAUGAUUUUGAUGAUGGAGGAUAUUUGGAAUAUUAAGAUUGUUUGGUUGAUUAUGAUGAUUCUCAUUAAUAUUUAUGA